AUGGCGUCCCCUAUGGCAUUAGGGAGACGUGAUAUCGGUGGCACCAUCGACGGCGUCAAAGAGUCGUUCAGUUCGUGGGAUGCGUGCAUGUCCAAGGCCUACUGCAAAUGGCCCGUCAUUGCUGGCAUCGCCGUCGCCGGCCUCAUCGUCUUCUCGCUGCUGUGGUGCUGUGGCCGCUGUCUGUGCUGCGGUGCCGAGUGCUGCUGCAGCUGCCUGAGCUGCUGCAACAAGUGCUGCCCGGGGCCUCGAAAGGGCCACCGCCGCGUCGAGUCGCCGCCGCCGUCGGCCUUCCCCAGUAACCAGCAGUACCAGUCGGCCCCGCCCAUGUAUGCCGGCCCUGGAUGGAACCAGAACAACAGCGUGCCCCAGUACGCCACCUUCGACGCCUCGACCGGCGACAAGAAAUUCAACGAGGAUGCCUUGCCCCCCAUGCCCACCUGGGAAACCGCAAAAAGCACCAAGGUCGAGGUUCACGAGGAGCAAGUGGGCGAGCAUCCGGACGACAUGGAGAUGCAGAAGCUGGACAUGAAGCCAGCAGGCUCCCCCACCAACAGCAGCGUCGGGCCCAGUCCCGUCAACGCGCGCUCCCCGGCGCCGCCAUCCGACUUCGGCAUGCCCGUCCAGCCGCAGCCCAUCCACCCGGCAACCGCGAACCUCGAUCUCCGCAGCCCCAGCCCGUACCAGAGCGACUACCAUGGCGGACCUCCAGACCAGGCCGGCUAUUUCAACGGCCCGCCGCAGCCGCCUUAUGGCAUGCCCCAGCGACACGCUUCGCCGUCGCCCUACCAGGACCAGAGCCAGCCUUACCACUAUGCCAGCGAUCCUUACGGCCAGAACGCGUACGGCUAUGAGCAGGGCGCCGCGCCUUACGGCCAGCAGUACGACACGGCGAGCAGCGCCGGCGGCUACGCGCCAAGCCAGGCGCCGACUGGCUACGCGCCCUCGGGUUCGACGCGCUACGAGCCUUCGAUGCACAACGCGUACCAGGAUCCUUACCAACGUCAACCUCCUCCUCCAAUGCCGCCGAUCGAUAGGGCCGGAACAGCCAGCCCCUACCAGAUGUACGGCGGACCCCCAAGGCCGCCCGUCGACCGCGCCGGAACCGCGAGCCCGUACCAGCCCUUCAACAACGGUCCCAGACCGCCCGUCGAGCGUUCGGCGACGGGGAGCCCGUGGGAGCGCCGGGUAGGCGCCAACCGAAACAUGUACUGA